ACCCGGUUCAGUCGUUCAGCCCGAGUCCAGAGACCAGGAGGAGGAGGAGGCAGCGUCAAUGUCGGCAGCUGCUCUGAAGUAAACACAUUUAAAAAGAUUGUUCUAGCAGCAGAGUGAGCCAUUACCCACAUCAUGUCCCAGGACAAGAGUGGAUACCCUGUUAUGGGUGAGAACAACCCACUUCACAACAGCGUCUAUGGACCCCCUCAGCCAGGUUUUGGCAUGCCCCCUCCCAACUACAGCCAAGCCCCAGGGGGACCGUACCCUCCAGCAACGGGCUACGGACAGCCAGACUUCCCCCAGGCAGGCCCAGGUUUCGCCCCUGGUCCCUACCCUCAGAUGCCCUACCCUCAGAUGCCCUACCCACAGGGACCCUACCCUCAGGGGCCUUAUCAGCAAGGACCCGCACAGCCAGGCUAUCCCAGUGACCCAACGGUUCCUACCGGCAGCCCUGGAUACCAUGGUGAUGGGCCUCCAUCUUACUACGACAAUGAGGAGUUCACCAACUCUGGCUUUGAGGACAAGUCCAUCAGACAAGCCUUCAUCAGAAAAGUCUUCUUGGUUCUCACGGUACAGCUGACGGUCACUUUCUCGUUUGUUGCUGUCUUCACCUUUGUCGAUGAGGCCAAGUACUUUGUGCGGCGCAAUCCAUGGACAUACUAUGUGUCCUAUGCAGUCUUCUUUGUGUCUCUGAUCGUCCUCAGCUGUUGUGGAGAAUUCCGCCGCAAGCACCCCUGGAACUUGGUUGCACUGUCCAUCUUGACCCUGAGUCUCUCCUACAUGGUGGGCAUGAUUGCCAGCUUCUAUGACACAGAGACCGUCAUCAUGGCCGUGGGCAUCACGACAGUGGUCUGCUUCACUGUCGUGCUCUUCUCACUACAGAGCAAGUAUGACUUCACUUCCUGUCGGGGCGUGCUGUUUGUUUGCCUGAUCGUGCUGCUGCUCUUCUCCUUCCUCUGCAUCUUCAUCCGCCACAGGAUCCUGCACAUCGUGUACGCCUCACUGGGGGCCCUGCUCUUCACCUGCUUUUUGGCUGUGGACACUCAGCUUCUCCUGGGCAACAAGAAGCUGGCUCUGAGUCCAGAGGAGUACAUUUUUGCUGCCCUCAACCUCUACACUGACAUCAUCAACAUUUUCCUCUACAUCCUGGCUAUUGUGGGACGCUCCCGUGAAUGAGGCUGCACCUUAAAGAGGAAAGGAGGGUGACAGAGAAUUCCUCCCUUUUAUUGUGAAAUGUUGCUAACAUGCCCUCUAACUCCAUGAACAUUUUCUUCAUUUCUUCCCAUGGUAUUCUUAAUUUCCUCUCCUAUCACACAUAUACUUUUUAAAAUAGGCAGUUGUGCUGUGGAACAGGUGCAGCCUGUCAUAAAAUCCAACACUAUUUAUUAACACAAAUAUUUCCAUUAAUGACGAAAUGAUUAGUCUUUUCCACAAUUUGACCACUCUGCUUGCUGUAACUGUAACUGUGCUUCCACUAACACAGAUGGCUACAUUGUGGCUACAUUACCUUUACCCCAACUUCCAGUUUGGCUCGUUCAUGCAUUGUAGAACAUGUUCUCCUGUGAAUGCAUGGCACUCAGCCUUGCCUUGCUGCAGAGAUCAAUCAGAAAAACGGCGGGGAAGCUAUCCACAGCGCCAAAUAUUGAUGCAAACCAGCUUUGCCUGAAAAGAAGAUAGUGCUAGAAAUAUCCUCCUCUUUCAGUAUGUCUGUUUUCCCAAACGUAUCUUUCCUUUUGAGCCUGCUGUUGUGAAGUGACCCUGCAUGGCAACAUUGGAAACACAGCUAAAGAUGUGUUACGGUUCUUUAGAGCUACCAGAGGAAAACCUCCAUCUAGCCUGUCACAGCUGUAAAUAGUUAAGUGUAUAACUGUGUAUGAUGCCUCGCCCCCUCUGCACUCCGGAUGUGUUGCUUUUUGGGACAAUGUGCACUGAUAUCAGGACACUUACCCAGUACAGUAACUAAAUAUCUUUUGAUGGCAAAAGAAUGAAGAUCAAUGUUGGAUGUGACAAAUAUGAAGAUAAAUUAAUAUUUAUGAAAUGUAUAUUCUUACGGAAUGUCUUUUCAUGUUUUGAAAUUAUUUCUAUGAUUCGAAACUGAGACUUCACUUUACUUUUAUAUUUUCUUUCCUAUCCUCACUAAUUUUCUCUCAUCCAGUCAUUAAUGUGAAGUGAACAUUUGGUGCUGUAUAUAUUUUUUUUUUUCAUUACAAGUUAUGUGAACUAAAGUUGAAGUAAUUUCUGCCCACUUCCAAACCAAGCUGAUCCAAGUUUGAGAACUUCUGAAUUUUAACACUGUAAUGAAGUAGAUGUACGACAGGCUUAUAACUUAUCUAUUUAUUGAGCUUGAUGUAGAUAACAGGGUGGCUUUGAGGUUGCUUUUAAGAUGUUGUUAAGGAAGACACCAGCUUCUGCUGUUGUUUGGAAAGGAACAAGGACUUUGUUAUUUAAAGUGAUUGUGAAACAUUCAAAUGCUGUUUAUACUCAAAGAUAAAGGAAGCAACAUUCACUGAAAACCAAAAUGCUCACUGCACGUAAACACACAACUUGAGGGUUAUAUUUAACAUGAACAUUUUUUAUUUUGUAGCUUUUGUUUUGAAUUUCCACCUCUUGCAUGGCCCUCUCCUCUCCUUUGCAUGUGCUUAUAAUGCACACUGUACAGGUGAUCCUGUUUUGGAGAGACACAGUGUUGUUUGGCAGCCCUGUUGGACUUUUUUUUAACACUAACUGUGUUUGUAUCUAACUGAUGUGCAAGUGUACAUAGAACUCCUUAGUGGUUUGAUGUGUAUAGGUAAAGUAAUUUUGGGGCUUUGUAGGUCUGUUUGCAUUGUAUAUUUGCAUUAAAUCAAAGUGGAACCACAUUCCUUUA